ACGUUUAUAAAACAGGCCCUCGUGAAACGAACUAAAUUUUACGUCUGGCAACAUUUGUCAGCUGUCGAUAAUUCGAUAUUUCCUCCCGGAGUACAGCAUAAACCUGCAACCAUGUCCGACUCUGCGCCCAGCCGCCCCAUGAAGUUCCCGUACACGAUCUCUGCUAAGAUCGCGCAGUUCCCGUUCAAGUACUACGUCGCGAAUCAGUGGAUCUGGAAGUACUGGAUGGUUGGCAUUGGUGUGUCUAUCCCCAUCUUCUACAAGAUCCACAAAUUGGCAAACUCCCCUGAGAAUGUCAGCAAGUGGGCCGAGAUGAGGAGGAAGGAAGCGGCUGCCCACCAUUAAACUUUUGAUAGCACUUUUUCCGGGCAAAUCAAGAUUAUGGUAUAUUUAAGUUAAGCGAAAGUGAAUAAAUCAUGAGUUAGUUUA